AUGGCGAAUGCUCAUCGACGGGUUAAUCAGAUUGGUCGGAUUCGAGUAAAUGGGGUGGAGUUUUCAUCCUCAGACGAGGUCAAGGCAAGUAUUGUGGGUUUUUAUGAGCACUUAUUUCGGUGCGUAGGGAAGGAGUGGCGUCCGGGUUUGGAUGGGGUAAGUUUUGAUGUUAUUUCAGAUGAAGAAUGUACUUCUCUAGAAAGGCCAUUUACAGAAGAGGAAGUGCUUAAGGCUUUGCAAAGUAUGCCGGGGGAUAAGGCGCCUGGUCCAGAUGCAGUUCUGGUAGCAAAUGAAUGUGUGGAUUCGCGGUUGCAUCAAGGAAAUGAGGGGAUUAUUUGUAAAUUAGAUAUUGAGAAGGCCUACGAUAAUGUGGAUUGGGAUUUUUUGAUGUAUUUGUUGGAGAUGAUGCAAUUUGGGGCGAAGUGGCGGCGUUGGAUUUUGUUUUGCAUUUCUACUAUGCGAAUGUCAGUUUUGGUUAAUGGCUCCCCGGCAGGAUUUUUACCGACUCAUCGCGGGCUGCGGCAGGGUGAUCAUUUAUCUCCUUUGUUGUUUAUCCUGGUUAUGGAAGCUUUGGGGCGUUUGUUGGCAAGGGCGGUGCAAGCAGGUUUGCUGAAUGGAUUUGAGGUAGGAGUGGCUCCUGGAAAUGUGACGGUGUCUCAUUUGUUUUAUGCAGAUGAUGCGCUUAUCUUUUGUGAUGCGAAGGAGGCCCAGAUUGGACAUUUGAGAUGUGUGUUGUUGUGUUUUGAGGCAGUGUCCGGGCUUCGGAUUAAUUUAGCAAAAUCAGAAUUGAUUUCAGUGGGGCAAGUGACAAGGUCUUCGGUUUUGGCAGCCAUUUUGAGGUGUAAAGUGGUAUCGUUACCUGUCACAUAUUUGGGUUUGCCUUUGGGGGCUUCUUUUAAAGCAACAGGGAUUUGGGAAGGAGUGGUGGAUUGGGUGCGUCGGUUGGCAGGGUGGCAACGACAGUAUUUGUCGAAGGGAGGGCGGCUUACAUUGAUUAAAAGUAUUCUGUCGAGUAUUCUGACCUAUUUUAUGUCUAUUCAUGUGAUACCGGUUUCUGUGGCAAGGCGGAUUGAGAAAUUGCAAAGGGACUUUUUGUGGGGUGAGGGUGGUCGGUAUCAUUUGGUGUCUUGGGAUCGGAUUUGUCGGUCUAAGGAGCAAGGGAGAUUGGGGGUUCGGAGGUUGGUCUUGUUUAAUUUGGCCUUGUUAGGGAAGUGGCUGUGGCGUUUCGUGGAGAAGAGGGAGCAGCUUUGGAGGCGGGUGGUGGUUGCUAAGUUUGGUGUGGUUAGGGGGGCAUGGUGCUCGGGACGGGUGGGUCAUUCUCAUGGUUUCGGGUGGUGUGGUGACUUGUCGUUAGAGCUUCGCUUUCCUUUGAUAUUUGCUAUUGCUACGAAUUUUGAGGUGUUGGCGGAUAAUGAUGCCUUGGUUUGGGAUUGUCCUAGGGCCAAAGGUAUUUUCACGGUGUCUUCGUUCUAUGGGGCGCUUGUUGAGGAUAAGUGUGUUGUUGAUGGCACCUUCAUCUAUCCGUGGAAGAGUGUUUGGGUGUCAGGCAUGCCAUCCAAGGUUGCCUUCUUUGUGUGGACGGUGAGUUUGGGUCGUAUUUUGACUAUUGAUAAUUUGAUUCGUCGUGGGCAUAUUUUGGUGAAUUGGUGUUGCUUGUGCGGUCAAGCUGCGGAAUCGGUUGACCAUUUGCUUAUUCAUUGUUCGGUCUCUUCUUGCCUUUGGAUGCUUGUGGUGGCAAUGUUUGGGCUGGUUUGGGUUCAACUGGGUUCUUUGUUUGCAGUUUUGCAGAGUUGGGUUGGGAGGAGGGUGGGGAAGAGGCGUCAAAAGGCUUGGAUUCUUGCCUUGCACUGUUUACUUUGGUUGAUUUGGUAA